GAGUUCCCCUAUCAUUACAUUUAACUCGUCCCUUCAAACUUUCGUAAACCAUCUUCCUUCUUUCUUCUCUCUCUCUCUCUCAGUUGUGUUGUGUCUGAGAGAUGGGUUUGUUUGGGACUAAGAAGAUCGGUAAGUAUGAAAUUGGUAGAACAAUCGGGGAAGGGAAUUUUGCGAAAGUGAAACUUGGUUACGACACGACCAAUGGUACUUACGUUGCUGUCAAGAUCAUCGACAAGGCUCUCGUUAUUCAAAAGGGUCUCGAGUCUCAAGUCAAGAGGGAGAUUCGCACGAUGAAGCUUCUUAACCAUCCCAACAUCGUACAGAUACACGAGGUGAUUGGGACCAAGACAAAGAUCUGUAUUGUUAUGGAAUACGUUGCAGGUGGUCAGCUUUCAGACAGACUUGAUAGACGAAAGAUGAAAGAAUCAGAUGCCAGGAAGCUUUUCCAACAGUUGAUUGACGCUGUUGAUUAUUGUCAUAACAGAGGAGUUUAUCACAGAGAUCUUAAGCCACAAAACUUGUUAUUAGAUUCAAAGGGUAAUCUCAAAGUUUCUGACUUUGGAUUAAGUGCAGUUCCUAAAUCAGGGGAUAUGCUCUCUACAGCUUGUGGCUCUCCAUGUUAUAUAGCACCAGAGCUGAUAAUGAACAAAGGCUACUCAGGAGCAGCAGUGGAUGUAUGGUCUUGUGGAGUGAUUCUAUUUGAAUUGCUUGCUGGUUAUCCACCGUUCGAUGAUCAUACGCUUCCGAUUUUGUAUAAGAAGAUACUCAGAGCAGACUACACGUUCCCACCUGAGUUCACUGGAGAGCAGAAGAGACUAAUCUUUAACAUUCUUGACCCAAAUCCUCUAAGCCGUAUAACAUUAGCUGAGAUAAUCAUUCACGAUUCUUGGUUCAAGAUUGGUUAUACACCAGCUUAUUAUCAAGUCUCAGACUCAAUCAAGGAUAAUGUAGCGGAGAUAAAUGCAGCGACCGCAUCUUCAAAUUUCAUAAAUGCUUUUCAGAUAAUAGCAAUGUCUAGUGAUCUAGAUUUGUCAGGUCUCUUUGAAGAAAAUGAUGAUAAGAGAUAUAAAACAAGAAUUGGGUCCAAGAACACAGCACAAGAAACAAUCAAGAAGAUAGAAGCUGCGGCAACUGAUGUCAGUUUAUCAGUUGAAAGAAUAAAGCACUAUAAGGUUAAGAUUCAGCCAAAAGAGAUAAGAUCAAGAUCUUCUUAUGACUUAUUAUCAGCAGAGGUGAUCGAAGUGACUCCAAGCCAUUGUGUUAUAGAAAUAUCAAAAUCUGCAGGCGAGUUAAGACUCUACAUGGAGUUUUGCCAGAGCUUAUCAAGCUUGCUUACAGCGGAAGUAAGCUAAGAGAGAGCCACAGAUUCUCAAAGUAAAGUGAUGAACAGAGGAAGCAAAUAAAGCAUAUCUUUGCAGAUUUGAGUUAUAGUGAAAAGAAUACAAUAAGGAGAUGAGAUCGAAAGAAUAAUGCAUGUCUUGGUGAUCCCAAAGGGCUCUUUAAAUCAGGGUGUAAAAUGAUGGAUUGUUUCCUAAGCAAAUUGUUAAAUUACAAACUUGAUUACAAAAUAGAUAUAAAGCAGAACAAGUUUUUUCUUUUCAA